AUGUAUUCUAAAUAAUUUUUUUAGCUCGAUAUGUGGGAGAGAAUAGAAUUUUUAUAUCUCAAGGUUAAUAAAUAGGGUAGUUAAUUUUUAAUUAACUUAGCAAUAAAGUUAGUGAACUUGAGGAAUCUAAGAUGUUUGGAGAAAUAACUACUUCUUCUCCAAAAUAGACAGUAUAAGCUUAGCCUAAUACAAAUAAAGUGCCUGCACCUGAUUAAGGUAAGCCAGAACCAAAGUCUGAUUAAGGUAAAAAUAUGCCUUGUAAAUAUAGGUAAAACAGAUCCUAAAGCUGAUUAAGGGAAAACAGAGACUAAAUAUGAUUAACGUAAUGUUACUCAUAAGAGUUACAAAUCCUAAAGCUGAUUAAGGUAAAGAUGAAAUUUUCCCGAUUAAAGUAUUACUGAUCCUAAAGCUGAUUAAGGUAAAUUUAAUAUCAUUAUUAAAGUAAAACUGAGCCUAAAUCUGAUUAAGGAAAUUCAAAGCCAAAAGAAGAUGAAAGUAAAAUACAACCAAAAGAUGAUUAAGGUAGAAUCAUUUCUAAACCUAAUUAAGGCAAAGCUGAAUCCUAAAGAAAACAAAAAAAAACAAAGAUAAAAAGCCAAAAUCAGAAAAAGCAAAAAAAAUUUAGAAAGAUAGUGAAAGUGAUAGUGAGAGUGAUAGUGAGAGCGAAGGUGAAAAAGGCGAAGAACCUGUUGAUUUCUAAUAAUUUCUUAGAAAGGGAAUGCACAAAUUUAGUGAAUGCUUGUGCUAAAGUUUCAGGCUGUGUACCUGCUCUGCAAAAUUGCAAAUCUGUUGCAGAUAAUGAAGGUAUUUCCAAAGUUUUCAUAUAUUUUUAAUUCAUAGUAUGUUUCAUGUUUAUCUGACAGU